AUGGGAGUAUAUGCAGAUUUGAAUGUGAUUAUGGUGCUGUUCUCAAUGGAACCAAGGCGGUCAGCUGUGAAAAGUCCUCAACUGGGAACUUUGCCAUGUGGUCAUGGGGUUCAAGCCAAUUGCCAUUUUGUGAUGUUCUUAUAACAUGUCCAGAAAUUAAACAAAUCCCAAAAAUGGGGCACUUGUGUGUGACAAUUGGCUCGGUGGGCAAUUCUGUCGAAUGUUUUGUAAGGCUGGCUUUGAUGUUCAAACAAAUUUUCGCCUAGAAGAUAUGUUAGUUUGUGGAAUGUCUUCAGAUAAAAUGAAACAAGGGAAAUGGCUACCCGUUGGAUCUCUUCCGUUACCAGACUGUGCAAAAACACAUCAUCCAACGGGUGGAAGGCUCGUGAUGCAUGCAAAUUUCUAUUUUGCUGGAGAUUGUACUGAUGAAGCAGUAAUUGAAGAGAUAAAAAAGAAGUUUAUCGAAGCUUUCAAGGAAUCUCUUUAUCAAGAUGCCUGUUUUAUCAAUGCAAAAGACUGCACAGUUCAAAACGUCAAGGUUCGAUGUGGAUUAACAGAAAGAAAAAGAUCAUCUGAUAUUGGAAUAGAUUUUGAGAUUAUCGCAGAACUGGAUUCAACAAACUUUGAAGAGACAUUCAGAAAUUUUAGCCAAAGUUCUUCGAUCGUCACGGAAAAACUGAGAAGAAAUGAAAAAGGAGGGAUAUUUAAAUUUAACUCUUCCAGAUGGAGGUGUAUUGAGGCAUGUGAACCAGGUAGUUGGUCGUUAGAUGGCACUCCCAUAUGUUCUUUGUGCUCGGAGGGAUCCUAUACUGAAGAAUAUGGCCAAGACCAAUGUACAAAGUGCCCUUAUUCCCAAACUACACAAGACGAGGGCUCAAAAACGUCAACUGAUUGUAAAGAUUUUGAUAUCGUGUUAUUGCAUAACACAAGCACAAUAAGAACAGAAUUUGCUGCUUCCAAAACGUUUGUGAAAUUUAUUUUGAAAAUGUGGAUUUAUAUUGCUGGUGACGAAAGGUUAACAUUAACUCUAGAGAAUCAAAACUCUUCAAUAGACCUCAAUAUGAUCGGGGGUCGGAUCUCUGAAACAGGAUUAGCAAAUGAUUCUACCAUCUACUUGGAAGAUAAGUGGCAUUCGUUAAUUUUUCACAAAACCGAAGGAAAUUCUGUACACGUCUAUCAAGACGGAAUGUUUCGUUUCGACCUGGAGUCAACCUUUGUCCUUGAAAAAGGAAAAAAUACAAUUUAUGUGGAAGGUAAAGGUGAAAUUUCACAGCUACAAAUUUGGACUGUCACUGCAAAGGGAAAAACUAUGUCUCAAAUGCUUGAAAGUGGAAAAUCCUGUUUUAGUAAAGAUUACGGGGAUGUGUUGAAAUGGAAGCAGUUCGAAGAAUUACAUUUUGAAGACACUUAUAAGCGGACACCUAGUGAAUGUGAUGAUUUUGACGAUUGUCAGUCAAAUCCUUGUAAACAUGGUGAAUGCAAAGAUUUGAUGGAUACUUAUGAAUGCAUUUGUUCCUAUGGAUUCACUGGAAAAAAUUGUGAAAUUAAUAAGGAUGACUGUCAAAUGAAUGUAUGUGAAAAUAAUUCAACUUGUAUUGACGGAAUUGGUAACUAUACCUGUAGCUGUCCAGGUGGCUACAAAGGCACGUUCUGCGAAAUUCAAGUUGUUGAUGGUUCGUGGAGAAGCUGGGGUGAAUGGUCGGCCUGUACCGUGACUUGCAGUAAUGGUACACAACAAAGAUCAAGAGUCUGCAAUGACCCAGCUCCGAAUAACGGGGGACUGGACUGCAUUGGUGACAAUACAGAAAUCCAGAGUUGCAAUGACAAUAUAUGCCCAGUUUGCAGCCAGUUGAUAGUAUCAGAACAUGCUCUCUUAGACUGUGUUAACGAUACCAAGAACUUGAAUUGCACAAUUGAGUGCGAUAACGGCUAUGAUUUUGAUCAUGAAACAAAACCCUUUUACCUUUGUGGCGAGGACACUUUCUACAUGUGGGAUUUCCAAACCGACGACAAUCCGGACGGGAAAACUCCCGUCUGUUCUGAAAUCCAAGAGAGCUCUCAACUCGGUGUUUCCUAUUCAGCCUUUUAUAAAGAUCUUGUUUGUGACCAAACAUUUGAAACAAUACGUGAAGAAGUGAAAAAUGUCAUAGAUAAUGGUCUACGGCAGUUAGACUGUUUUCAAAAGAGAAUAUGUUCUUCUGAAAAUACAACUAUAACGCCAUGUAAACAAAGAAACAAGAGAUCGAUAGGUGUUGAAAACAUUGGGUUUUCGAUCACGAUGAACUGUGAUCCUAAAAUAUAUAACUCGGACAUCUGUUACACUAAUCUCGUUACAUCUGUAAACAACUUACAUGCCUUAGCCAUCAAUCAUUCAUUGGAUAUUGAGGUAAAAGGCGAGCAAUUUGAAAUAGACGUUGAAAGAGCCAGUGCAGAAAGCGGAGUAAAAUGCCCCGAAGGAUCUGCAGCCAUCAAAUUCUAUUGUGUUAAAUGUUCUCCAGGAAGAUUCUAUAUAGACAGUACCUGUGAGAAGUGUGACUUUGGUAGUUAUCAGGAGAAGGAAGGUCAACUGUCGUGUACAAAAUGUCCAGCUGGGCAGACAACUCCCGGAAGGGGAUCAAGACACCAACAAGAAUGUUCUUUAAAGAAAGAUACUAAAGUCAAUGAAGGAACAUCCCUUUAUAUGUUGAUUAUAGUUGGAGGGGGUAUCGCUGUUUUUAUUUCAUUGCUAUUUCUGGCAAUCAACUGGAAAAGGAGAAAAACAAAAAAGUACUUCCUAAGUGAAACACUUUCAAAAGCAGAAAACAGACAACCAGCACUUACUAGCAACUUCCAACUACAGAGUUUUUGAAAAUCUUAUCGCGUCAUGUGCAAUUUUUGUCCCAUGAAGCUGUUGUAUACAGAUAUAUUUUCGCCCCCUUUUUUUCGCACCUUUCGCCCUCUUCAUGGUUGAGCGAAUUUAAAACAGGGAGAAUUCAAGAUACACAGCAUAAUUUCUUAAACAGAACUAUGACUAUAGGC